AUGACCACAAAAAGCAUACGUAAAAAGGUUACAGGCCAGAAAAUUGUAUUAGGGCGAAACGCACACGCGCUGGUGAACACUGAUUGGAAACAGAAUGGCAUUUGUUAUCGCCCCGAGACAGAUGCGGCUGCGCUGUGCUAUCCUAUAAACUGCUUAGUUCAUUUUCCCAGACGUUCCGCGUGCGUGAACUGUUCCACAGUGUUUAAAUCGGGAUAUGUGAGAAUGAAGGAAGGUGAAGCGUCAACUAACGGGGCUCUGGCCUUCGCUUUGAUCUAUUUCACGUUCUUUCUGGAUAAUGUGCUGCUUACAGUUGUAGUUCCUAUAAUACCGGACUGGGUGCGCGGUGAGUCGUUGGAGCUGUGGACAACACACGACGCGCCUCUUGCUGUACUGCUGAACAGUACCGUACAUAACAUCAAUACAGAAGAUACUCAAGGUAUAGGGGGAUCCCAAGCAGUAGUAGGACUAGUGCUGGGUGCUAAAGCAGCAUCACAACUUGUGACGGCUCCUUUUGCUGGAGUAGCGGUCUGCAAACAUGGCCCCGCUAAGGUACUCCGCGCUGGUACCUUAGUGUUGGCCGGUGCUGCCACCGUGUUCAUGGCGUGCAGCCGGCGAGCAGGCGCGGCGGGCGCGUGGUGCGCGUGGUGCGCGUGCGCAGGUCGCGCGGCGCACGGCGCGGGCGCGGCGCUGGCCGGCGUGGCGGGGCUGGCGCUGGCCGCCGCCGCCCUGCCCGCGCACCAGCGCCACCGGGCCAUCGGCCUCCUACUCGGGGCUGUUGCUUUAGGAGUGUUAAUUGGCUACCCAUUUGGCGGUGCAGCGUAUGCACUCUGGAGUCGCGGAGCCCCUUUCCUGCUAUUAUCUGCUGCAUUACUUGCUGAUCUUCUCAUGCAAUAUGUGUUUUUGGAUAAAGAAGAGUUCAAUCAAAUUUCCACAGAGCGUAGUGAUUCCACCAAGAAUGAACUAUGGGGCGCGCUUAGAGUAGCGAAGCGCGAGUCGACAGGCGCUUGCGUUGGAGCUAUACUGCUCACCACCAGCGUCAUGGCAUCAUUGGAACCUUGCCUUCCUCUUUGGAUUAUGAAAAAGUUUCAUCCGCAGCGCUGGCAAACAGGAGCGGUGUUCAUCCCUGACAGCGUGGGCUACCUGGUGGCCGCCAGCUGCCUGGGCGGCGUGGCGCGACGGCUGGGCGCCGAGCGCGUCGCCAUCACGGGGCAGGUCGCGGUGGGGCUAGCCGCGCUCGCCGUGCCGCAUGCUACAUCUGUGUCGCGGCUGGCACUGCCGCACGCGGCGCUGGGCGGCGGGCUGGGCGCCACGGACGCGGCGCUGGUGGCGGCGCUGCUGGCGCGGCACACGCGCCGCCUGCCGCACCUGGCCGCCCUGCUGCAGGCCACCUCCAGCGUCGCCUAUGCACUCGGUCCAAUAGUUGGCGGCACCAUGUCCUGGUGUGUAGGUUUCGAGACAGCACUUCGAGCGCUGGGAGUUCUCAACUUGCUGUACGCUGGACUGCUGUACAGAGCCCUAUCUGAGCAUCCUCUAUCAGAACAGUGGGGUGCCAGUACUCCUGACGAUGAGCCUGACAGUGAAGAAGGCGAGGUGACUCCUCUCCGACCACAAAUAUACACACCGUUGCACUAAUAUGAAUGUUGUAUGUGUGUGUUGCCAUAUACUGGUCGUGUUCAAACAACUAACUUAU